AUGGGAGGGACACCAGAUGAUCUACAGCAGCUGAUUCUGAUGCCUCUUCCAAACACUGCCAUUUUGGGGCAAGACCCCCUAACAGAGGCAGCAGUGGAGGAGUUGAGGAGAUUGCUACUGCUUUUACUGGGAUGUGCGAUACAGUGUGAGAGGAAGGAAACAUUCAUACAGCAAAUCCAGUCGCUGGACAUCGAGACUCAAACUGCCAUUGCCAACUGUAUCCAGGAGGUGACCCAGGACCCCAGAGCUGUGCUGCCGCUGCAGUGGGAGGAGCUGGGAGGGCUGGAGGAGGUGGAGCUACAGGUGCUGUUUGGCUCCAUGGCCAGACAGAUCCAAGGCCUGCUGGCACAGAGAGACACACACCUGGAGAGGAUAGCAGAGUUGUGUUGGACGAGCGAGGUCCAGCAGGCUGAGCCUCUCAUGGCGCCCCCAGGUGGUCACACUGAGGAGCUGCCCCAGAGUCUGGCUGUCCAGCUAGCAGACAGCAGGGCCAAACUACGAUGCCUCAAACAAGAACUGGAAGACAAAGGAGAUCAACUAUUGGAUUACAAGCAGGAAGUUCAAACUAUGGAGGAGCAGUUGAAGAAACUUCAGAAAGAGAACCGCAGUCUUCAGGGUGAGGUGCGGGGAAUGCGAGCGUUGCGUGACGAGCUGGACUGUCUUCGUGACCGUGCAGGCAGAGCCGAGCAGCUGCAGACAGAGCUACAGAGCUGCACUCAUAGACUACGCAGCCUGGAAGUCACUCGCACACAACUGAAGGAGCAGCAGCAGCUGUGUGUGGCGCUACAGGAGACCCGAGUCCUGCUGGAGGAGCAGCUGGCAGACACACGGCAACGCUGCUCCAGCCUACGGGAGCUGGAGAGGGACAAUCUGCUGCUGCGACAGAGACUCAUAGAUCUGGAAGGGGAGCAGGACACUGAGCGGCAGAGGGUCGAUGAGCUGUUAGAGAUGAACAUGGGCCUGGAGGCGGAGCUUAGACAGGUGCUUAGACAUAACAACAACAAUACAGGCAUGAUGACAGCGGCUCGACAUUUCCACCAAUCAGAGGUGGAGUCUGACGAGGAGGCUGGGCUAAGAGAGGAGCUAAGAGAAGAUAUUGAUCCGAAGCCUCUGAGUGUGGAGGUGGGUGAGGCGUCGUCACUGAGACUUCUGGGAGCUGAAAAUGAGAAUGCCGAGCUGAGGAGGCGUCUGGAGGACCUGCUCUCUGAACAGGAGGUCAGGGGUCAGAGGCAAGCUGAUUUGCCGGAGGUGAGGGAGGAGCUGGCCUGUCUGGAGGCAGAACAUCAGAAUACACUAAGAGAGUUUCAGAACGUCAAGAACAAAAAUGCCACUUUGAAAGAGAGCCUGGAACUGCUGUUGACAAAGCAUCAAAGUAUUGAGGAAGAAGGAGAGAAGCAAGGUUCUGAGUCCUCAAGAGGAGAAGGGGAGGGUACUGCCCGGAGAGGGUUGGACAGUGAGAGGGGAGCCAACAUCAUCAGAACCCAAAGAGAAGCUGGAGUUGGGGCAGAGCUGCUCCAUCCUGAAGAGAGAGAGGUGCAAGUAGACAAUCAGGUUCUGAAACCUAAAAAGAGAGAAGAAGAAGGUGAGAAGGAGAUCGGGAGAGAAAGAGAGAUAAAACAUGUAAAAAAUGACAAGGAAGAAGAUCUCGGGAAGGCAGACAUUAACCAGAAAGAGAUAGAAGACCCCAACCCAGCCACUGAAGAAGAGAAACUGCCAAAAACAAAGUAUGGAGAAGAGAAAGAAAAGUCAGUGGAAAAAGACGUGUGUGUGUUCCCUGGGCCUGACGUUGAGCGCCUGGCCUCAGAGCUCCAGCAGGCCCUGGAGCAGGCUGACAGGCAGGCGUCUGUAGCCCAGGACCUGCGCUCCAAGCUGGGGGAACAGAGCAGGAAAGCCUGGGAGGCUGAGCAGAGACUGGUGCUACUGGAGGCCGAGAGCCAGAGACUGAGGAAGGCUACAGAGAGCCUGGCGGAGGCUAGGAGACAGAUAGAGGUGCUGCAGGCGGAGCGCCUGCAGAUGGAGGAGGAGCUAUGUCGUCUGCGGAGCCAGGCUGAGCUGCAGCGGAUGCAGGCCUCGGUCAUCGCUACUCUGGAGGGGGAGCGAGCCACGCUGGAGAGAGAGAGAGGGACCCUCCGUAGCUCUUUGGACACCCUACGCACUGCCCAACGCAAGGGUGACCAAUUAGAGCUGACAACUCAAGCCCUGAGGGCGGAGCUAGAGCACCAGGGGAGGAGUCUGGAAUCCUCAAGGCGCAAUGAGGAGGAGUUAGAGGCAGAGCUUCGUGAGGUAGCACUAGAGGUAGAGUCUCUGACCCGGGGGCGGAACCAGGCUCUGCUGGAGGCCUCGCGAUUGGAGCAGGAGAAGGAGGCGUGUCAGGGAGAGCUGGACAGCCAACGGAAGGAGCAGAGGCAGAGGGAGAGGGAGGCGGCCAGGCUGAGGCAGCAGCUACAGAGUACAGCAUCAGCCCUGGAACACAGCAACCAGAGGGCCUGCAGUCUGGAGACAGAGCACAGGCAUGUGUGUCAGGAGCUGUCUCAAUCCAAGGAGCUCUGUGCUCAAUUACACGACCUGGAGAAGGAGCUCGGUACUCGGCUACAGGGUCUGGAGAAGGAGAGCCAGGAGUGUAAAGAGCUGAACACAGAAGCCCAGAAUAAAAUUAGAUCUCUGACUCAGGAGCUAGCCAAUGAGAAGGUGCAGUCCCAAGAACUGUCCAAUGAGGCUGCACGGCUGAAGCAGGAGUUGGAGAGGGCAGAGGUCGAACUGAAGACAGUUACCGCUGACCUUCUCCUUUCAGAGAAGUGGGAGAGAGAUGCCGUCUCUGCUAAUUUCUCACCAGAAAGCCCUGCUAACAUACAGAAGGCUACAUCCUCAGACAGACUCACACUAGAGCACCCAGAGGCUAAAGAUGCCCAACCAAAGGAGGGCCAUGACCUCUGUAUGACCUCAGAUGCUAGAGUAGAGAAGAUGGACUGGUCUAUGAGUGAACGACUGAUAGACCUGGAGAGAGAGAAUGCAGCGGUGGGCGCGGAGCGGGAGGUGUUGCUAUCCCAGCUGUCUCAGUCCCAGUCAGCCGGUAGCCACCUGAGGGAGCAGAUAGACACCCUGCAACAUCACUCUAUCAGCCUGCAGGAGACCUGCACCAAGCUGCAGACACUUAACACUCAGCUACAGGUGGAGGAGGCGUCCCUGAGCUUUCAGCAUGCAGCAGUGUUGGCGAGGUGCAGCGAGAGCGAGGCCAGGUGUGCUGCUUUGGAGGCGGAGUCUAAGGUGUGUGCCAGGGAACAUGAGGAGUCAUUGGUCAGGACGGAGGGGCUGAGGAGGGACCAGGAGCGAAUGACAGCGCUGCAGCAGAGGCAGGAGGCAGAGCUAGAGGAGCUGCUGGAUAGACACUCCCAUCUGAGGAGCAGCAACCGUAACCUGGAGACACAGCACAGGGAUCUGGAGGGAAGGUAUCAGGAGCUCCUGGGCCUCAAAUCCCAGAUGGAGGAGACAAAAAGAGAGAUGAAAAUGGAGAGAGAGAAGAUGGAGGGAGAGGUGCAAAAGCAGGCGGAGAGAGAAAGAGAAUUAGAGAGACUGAAAGAGGAUAAUGAGAGGCUGCAGGGUGUGCAGAGGGAGUGGGCCCAGGUGCAGAGUGAGCUGCUGGCCCAGGGCUCGGUGCUGCGGGGGGAGCUGAGUGCUGCCCAGCUGGAGAGGACCAGGCUGGAGGGAGAGAUCAGCUUUCUGAGGGAGAACAACCAGAGACUGGAGCUCAGCACCGACCGCCUCACCAACCAGUACCAGCUGCUGACCCAGCUGAAGGGGAAUAUGGAGGAGGAGAACCGUCAUCUGUUGGAGCAGAAUCAGAGUCUGACCAAUCACAACAGAGACCUGAUGGAGCAGAGCCUGGAGUGCAAGGACCAGCACCACUCACAGCAGAGAGAAUACCAGUCAAGAAAUAGCUAA